CUCCCCGAGAAGCUGGAGAAGCCCCCGCUGGAGGGAGCCGGAGAGCCCCGCCCCCGCCUGCAGGGCGCCGCGGGAGUCCCGCUGGCUGAGGCGCCCUGGGAGCUGCUCCAGCCACCUCGCGGGAAGCAGCUGGUGCUGGAAGAUGGCGAGCCGCAGCCUCCUGCUGCUUCUCCUCGGCACCCUGGGGGCUCUGUGCUAUCAUAAAGCAUAUGGAAUCUCUGUCAAAACGGACAAUCAGCAUGUUACAGCAAAGGAGUUUCAGGAGGCUAUGCUUAGCUGUAAGUACUCAGCUGGAAAGGGUAUUAUUCCAAGAGUAGAAUGGAAGAAACUCUCAUCCCGUGAUGUCUCAUUUGUGUACUACAAAGGUGACUUAGUAGGUGAUCUGAAAGGCCGAGCAGAGAUGAUAGAUUCAAGCAUACGAAUUAGAAAUGUGACCAGAAAAGAUUCUGCGAGAUACCGUUGUGAAGUUAGUGCGCCGACUGAACGGGGACAAAAUCUGGCAGAGACUAUUAUUACUCUCACAGUGUUGGUGGCCUCGGCAGCUCCAUCGUGUGAAGUGCCCAGCUCAGCGAUGAGUGGAACAGUAGUACAGCUGAGUUGUAAAGAAAAUGAAGGGUCUCCUGCUUCUGAGUACAAGUGGUAUAGGAAUGGUGUUGCUUUACUGGAAAAUACAGGAACAGGCAGUGCUAAAAUAGGAAACAUUUCUUACACCAUGAAUAAAAAGACUGGAACAUUGCUAUUUAACACAGUUUCAAAGAAGGACACUGGAGAGUAUUACUGUGAAGCCUCUAAUGGAAUUGGACUUCCUCAAAAAUGCUCUGUGAAGCGAAUGCAAGUUGAUGACCUUAAUAUAAGCGGAAUCAUAGCUGCUGUAGUAGUUGUGGCUCUGGUAAUGGCAUUAUGUGGCCUUGGGGUAUUUUAUGCACAAAAAAAAGGUUACUUUUCAAAAGAAAGCUCUUCUCAGAAGAAGAGUUCUGACUAUAAAUAUACCCCAAGUGAAAAGGAUUUCAAGCACACCAAGUCCUUUGUUAUUUAGAAGAUUUCAGCCUCUUUGAGAGACACACAGUGACUACUUCUUAUACAAAAUAUUAAAGGGAUUUUUUUUAACUCUUCUGCAAAUAUUUGGAUUUGUUUUGAGAUGGCAUACACUGAAAGCAGAAAGUUUAUUGAAAUGUCUAGGAGCCGAUGUUACAAACCUAAUCAUGGACUGUACAACUGUUCAUAUUGUUUAAAAUACCAUUAUUUCUCUAAUUUAAGGAUAGUAGUAUGUAGAUUUCUUCUCAUCCUGUUUAUGUAUAUACACAGCAAGGGGACUCAUUACUAAGCAAAUUCAUGCUCAUGAUCUUUACAGAUUAGCGUUAGAAGUUUUUUGGCCACUCAAACCUAGUGCUUUGUAGUGUUUACAUCUAAAAGACAAUGUGAAGGGCUCUAACUUUUGCCAUUUUUCAGUUUGAUUAGUGCCAUGACUUUUCUAAUAAUCUGUCAACCAUGCAGUCAAGUGAACAAUUCUGAUACUGUACAAGUAUAAACUUGAGUUGUUAACUGUGGUUCACCCUCUCUAUAAUAGAGAACCUCCAAACAGUGUUCUGCUGUGGAGGAGUGCUUUUCAAUCUCUUUUCAUUUGCCAAUCUUUUCAAAAGUUCAAAUGGCAGUCCGGCCUCCUUUAGAAAUCUUAGACAUAGUUUGCAGACCUCAGGUUAAAAACCACCGCUGUAGAUCAAAUGUUCAAAUCUCAAUGCUAAAGUGUGUAGCUUUUUCCCUUCUAGGAAGUAUAUUUAAGAUCCAUGAAAGUUUCUUUGCUAAAGAUUGUAUGUGUGAAGGAAAACAGUGCAGCAAAACUGAUGCAGUAUUAGUGCCUUGAAUUUUCUGUUAAAAGUUCAGUUUCACAAAUAAAUGAUGCCUAGUGUCUGA